UGACUGUAUUCAUCCCUUGAAAAUAUUUAUAUCACGGAAAUAAUGGGCAUGAAGUGACAGCUCAUUUACUAAACGAACUACCAAUAAAUAGCCAUGUGGUGAUGCCCACCUUGCUAGUCCCAUCAAUAUGUGUGGAUCUCUCCACUCUUAUCUCUUGGUAAUUCAUUUGACAAAUUGAGCUUCUACCUCAUAUCCAUCAUUCCUUACUGUUACACCACCUCAAAAAUACUUUUUAUCCUCUUAAAAAAAAUUUCCUUCUCUCUCUUUAAAAAUAGGUUGGCAAAUUUUUUUUCUCUAAUCUAAAUGGUGGACCCAUUUAUCCAUUAUCAACCUUUGAUAAGCUCACCUCUUUAACUACUUCAAUCUUGGUCUGCCAUCUUUCACUUAAUCCAGACUGUAUGAGGUAAGUGAUACCUCAAGGUCACUGGAGGUGACCACACCCUGAUUUUGUCUUUGUUAUCAGGCUAUAUUGACUAAUAAAUAUUUAAUUGUAGGAUAGAUGUGCCAAUCUUCUGUUAUGUAUUAAUUUCUAAAAAGAUCAACAUGUGAUGCAUUGGCAUUAGCCUUACCAGAAUUUCCUGCUUUAUUUUUGUGAGCUUCCUCCCCCUUUCUUGGCAUCUCUCCUAUUUAUUUCAAGUGAAAGUCCCAUAACCAACUUCCUCCUGUUCAUAGGUUUUUCUUUGCAUUAAAGUCGAGAUUGCAGCAGCAAUUUAUUUUCCGCCCUUGUGGGUAGUGAUCAGGCUCUGAAGAGGAACUAUGAAUGCACUAGCGGCCACCAGUAGGAACUUCAAGCAGGCAGCUAAGCUGUUGGGAUUGGACUCUAAGCUGGAAAAGAGCUUACUCAUCCCAUUCAGGGAGAUCAAGGUUGAGUGUACAAUUCCCAAAGAUGAUGGUACUUUGGCAUCAUUUGUUGGAUUUAGGGUGCAGCACGACAAUGCUAGAGGCCCUAUGAAGGGAGGAAUUAGAUACCACUCUGAGGUUGAUCCAGAUGAGGUAAAUGCCUUAGCACAAUUAAUGACAUGGAAGACAGCUGUAGCAAACAUUCCAUAUGGAGGAGCUAAAGGGGGUAUUGGAUGUAGCCCAGGAGACUUGAGCUUAUCUGAGCUUGAAAGGCUCACCCGAGUUUUUACACAAAAGAUACAUGAUCUCAUUGGGGUUCACACUGAUGUUCCAGCACCGGAUAUGGGAACCAAUGCACAGACAAUGGCAUGGAUACUUGAUGAGUACUCAAAAUUCCACGGCUACUCUCCUGCAAUUGUAACUGGAAAACCUGUUGAUCUGGGUGGAUCUUUGGGUAGAGAUGCAGCUACUGGAAGGGGAGUCCUUUUUGCAACAGAAGCGCUGCUGGCAGAAUACGGAAAGGGCAUUUCAGGCCAACGAUUUGUAAUCCAGGGGUUUGGCAAUGUUGGUUCUUGGGCAGCUCAACUUAUCACCAAAGCUGGUGGAAAAGUUGUUGCAGUCAGCGAUGUCACAGGAGCAAUUAAGCACAGCAAUGGUCUAGACAUAGAGAACUUACUUAAGUAUUCUGUCAAAAAUCGUGGUAUCAAAGGUUUCAGUGGUGGUGAUGCAAUUGAUUCCAACUCAUUACUAACUGAAGAUUGUGAUGUUCUCAUUCCAGCAGCACUUGGUGGUGUCAUCAACAGGGAAAAUGCAAAUGACGUUAGGGCCAAGUUCAUAAUUGAGGCAGCUAACCAUCCAACAGACCCAGAGGCUGAUGAGAUUCUAUCAAAAAAAGGAGUAUGUAUUCUGCCAGACAUACUUGCAAAUUCAGGCGGAGUUACUGUCAGUUAUUUUGAGUGGGUUCAGAACAUCCAAGGAUUCAUGUGGGAUGAAGAGAAGGUCAACUCUGAGCUGAAGACUUACAUGACCAAAGGCUUCAAACAUGUGAAGGAGAUGUGCAAGACCCACAACUGUGACCUCCGAAUGGGAGCCUUCACUCUUGGAGUCAACCGAGUUGCCAGAGCAACUCUCCUCCGAGGCUGGGAAGCAUAAUUAUACAAAAUCCGCCUUGCCCCGAUGCGAAAUUAAUAAAUGUUUGGUUGAUUUACGCUUGGUCUAUGUAAUAUUAUGAGCAGGAUAUUUUCUGCAUUUAUGAUUGAACUCUAAUUUUCUGACAACUGAUAGGGGUUCCAUUUCUGAGUCAUAUAAUGGAGAUAUACUGAAGGGUGAGUUCAGAGUUAUGGGUAGGUUGGUGCCAUUCAGCCUGCUACCGCAUAAAAUGCAAUCAUAGUAACAUUUAUUUCUUUUUGAGUUUA